AUGAUGCAUCUGACUGAUCUCAACCAAGAGUGCCUGCUACAUCUCUUCUCUUUCCUGGACAAAGACAGUCGGAGGAACCUGUCCCUAACCUGCAUUCAUCUCAGAGAAGCCUUCCUGGACCCCCGGCUGUGGUCUCUGCUCCACUUUUUCUCCCCAUGCGAGCUGAAGAGGAAUAACUACAUCCUGGGCCCGUCGCUCAGACACCUCAGUAUAUGCUGGCAUUCCAGCAGGGUCAAAGUGUGCAACAUAGAAGACUGGAUGAAGACCACAUUCCAGAGAGACCUGUGCAGCAAGCAUGAGAAGCUGGUCAGCCACUUCCUGGAGCGUGUGUGCCACAUGUGUCCAAACCUGCUGUCCCUGACCCUGUCCGGCUGCGGACACAUCACAGAUCAUGAUGUCAUCAGCGUGCUCCGGAGCUGCAGGCGGCUCCAGAAGCUGUGUCUGGAGAACUGUUGUCGGGUGACGGACACUGUCCUGCAGGCGGUGGUGACCCAUGGCAACAGCCUGGUGGAGGUCAGGUUGGAUUUUUGCCGGAACAUCACGCAGAUGGGUCUGCAGGGCAUCAGGCAGACGAGGCCUGAUGUCCGGCUGAGCGCUGAGCGCAGUGCGGGAAUGAUCCCAGAAAGCCAGCCUGAGGAGAAGCUGCACAUCAGGAGGGCUCUGCAGAAAGUCCUUGUGUUCUCCUGAGGAACGAGCUCUGGGGUGCGUUCUCAGCAGAUGUGAAGAAAUUUCUCAUCAGUUCUCCUACAGCUCUGUCACCUGCAGGCACCUCACUUUGAGCCUGCUAAAGAACAAAACUUUUUCAU